CUCUCUCUCUCACACACACACACACACACACACACCAGCCAAAGUGCUUAUAAAUAUGCAAGUUUCAAGAAUUGAGAUAACCUAGGACUAACACAAACACCUCUUAGUUACAAGUGUUUUCCUCUCUAGCUAUAUAGUACAAUUAAUUAGUACUACUAUUUCUCCUUUCACUUAACUAUUAUUAUAAAAUAGACUUACAAUAAUAUAUAUAUUAAGUUAUUAACAAAGAGAAAAUGGAUACAAAAAAAGGGAAUUUCAUGGAAAAAGCAAAACCCUACAUAGCCAUGAUUUGCUUGCAAUUUGGUUAUGCUGGUAUGAACAUCAUCACCAAAGUUUCACUCAACAGCGGCAUGAGUCACUACGUCUUAGUCGUUUAUCGUCACGCUUUCGCCACCGCCGCCAUCGCUCCCUUCGCUCUUCUCCUCGAAAGGAAAGUUAGGCCAAAGAUUACAUUCACUAUUUUCAUGCAGCUCUUUGUCUUGGGCCUUCUUGGGCCGGUGAUUGAUCAGAAUUUCUACUACGCCGGAUUGAAAUACACUUCGCCGACGUUUUCGUGCGCCAUGAGUAACAUGCUACCUGCAAUGACAUUUGUUAUGGCAGUUCUCUGCAGGAUGGAGAAGGUGGAUAUUAAGAAGGUGAGGUGUCAAGCAAAAGUGAUUGGAACAGUAGUAACAGUUGCAGGUGCAAUGCUGAUGACUGUGUACAAAGGGCACGUGAUAAACAUGUUUUGGUCAAACUACAUUCAUCCUCGGUCAAACAAUAAUAAUCCUAGUACUCCUCAAAAUGCUGACAAGGACUGGUUGAUGGGCUCCAUUCUUCUCAUUCUUGCCACUCUUGCUUGGGCUUCUUUCUUCAUUCUUCAGGCAAUCACAUUGAGGAAAUACACAGCACAGCUUUCACUAACAGCAAUUGUGUGUUUCCUGGGAACACUGCAAUCAAUUGCUGUCACACUUGUGAUGGAGCACAAAACUGAUGCAUGGAAAAUUGGGUUUGACAUGAACCUACUAGCAGCUGCCUAUGCUGGUAUUGUGUCAUCAAGCAUAGCAUAUUAUGUGCAAGGGCUUGUGAUGCAGAAAAGAGGGCCUGUCUUUGUUACUGCAUUUAGUCCACUAAUGAUGAUUAUUGUGGCAAUUAUGGGAUCUUUUAUUUUGGCUGAGAAUAUUUAUUUGGGAGGGGUUCUUGGGGCAGUAUUGAUUGUGAUUGGGCUGUACUCUGUUUUGUGGGGAAAAUACAAAGAGUUUAAGGAAAAAGAAGCAGAGGAAAUUCAAGAAAUAGUGAAAGUUGGCAAAGGGGAAAAUCAGAAUGAAGAUAUUGAAGCAAAUUGUGGUGAAAUUCAGAGAAAUGAAUUAAAUAAUAAAAUGUUUUUUCCUAUGACAGCCCUAGAGGAACCAAAAUCUUAAUUAAAAUGAUUUGUUAGAAAUUAAGAUAGUUUUGUUUGGUUUUGAUUUAUUUUGUAUUUGUUUUUGUAAUGUUUGGAGAGAGUGGUUUUCUUUGUGGCCAUUUUGAAUGAAAAUUUGUGUCAACUUUAAUUUAU